GGACGGGCAUUCUGUUGGAGCAGAGGUCCGGGUAACUUGAUAGACAAGGUGCUCUGAUAACAGCAGAAUACAUCCCAGUAGCAGUAUUGUAAUAUCAAACAGACAACGAUGGAGUCUCGCUUUAAAGGCACCUUGUGGAAAACACUCAUCCUCGUCACGCUGCCACACCUCACCUGCCACGCGCUCUGCCCUGCCAGCUGCCUGUGUGGAUUAGAUGGGGGUGUCCAGUGCCACGGCAACACCAUCGCAGAUGUACCCGAGCUGCUGCCUGUCAACGCAAGCCAACUGCUGCUUGAUAGAACAAACAUUACCGUCAUAAAUAAGCAGAGCUUGGCGAACAAGAAGCUCCUGUUGCGUUUCGGUCUGACCUCCAGCCCGCUGCAUACCAUCUAUCCAGGAGCCUUCCAGGUUGCUCCGCAGCUCAAGUCUGUCAAGCUGUCAUCCAACAAUCUCUCGACCCUCCCUGCUCGAGUCUUCAGUCCGCUGAACACUCUGGAGCAGCUGCAUGUAGAUUCGAACCAGUUGGAGACCAUAGCUCCAGAUAUGUUUAAAGGACUCAGAGAGUUAUUUGAUCUUGACUUAAGCAGUAACAGACUGAGCAGUCUUGCUUCAGGUCUUUUCGAGGGACUUACCAACCUCACCAACCUGAAUCUUUGCAAGAACUCCAUUAAGAAGUUUCCACCAACCAUCUUUCAUAACUUAACUAAUCUCCGCGUGCUUGCAAUCUGUUACAACGAACUAGAGGUGCUGGAAGCUGGGAUUUUUGAUGAUCUCGUCAACCUUGUGGAGCUUAAAAUUCAUCGGAAUAAGAUAACCAGCCUCCCACUUCACGUGUUCUGGGCUCUGAGGAACUUGAAGACUUUGACCCUGUCCUCCAACCGACUUGAGGCGAUCCCGGAAAAAAGCUUCUACAACAUGCCCAAGCUGAACAAGCUGAACCUUUUCAACAAUCCGCUACUAUCUCUACCAAAGCAGCUAAUGGGUCACAUGCCGGACAUUACAGAGUUCUAUCUGAGCGCCACCAACCUCACAACUGCUCCUGGAAACUUGUUUGCCAACAUGUCCGGACUCAGGAAGCUUAAAUUCAAUUUUAAUAAACAGCUAAGAGAGUUGCCCUCAGACCUCUUCUGCUGCAACCCCAAGCUGCAGACGCUCUCGUUGAUAUCAAACGACCUCCGUUCUCUACAUCCUCAGCUGUUCUCCAGACUCGGCAAACUGAUGGAGCUGCUUAUUGAUAACAAUGAGCUGCAGAGCCUUCCGGAUAACAUUUUUCAGGGAGCUGUGAAUUUGGCCGUUGUUAAGAUGGGUGGCAACCCCUGGAACUGCGUUUGUAGUAUUAUCAGCAAAUGGAUGAAACAAAACCGUCAUGUGGUUGUGGACCGCGCUAACGUGAUAUGUCACAGUCCAGCGUACCGACUGAACCAAACGGUUGACUCUCUUCCGGACGAGGAGAUCGACUUUUGUGACGGUAGAAUAUUCAGACCAACACAUCAUCCUGGACGUGAGCCAAUGACACCACUUCACACCAUUCAGACCAGCAGACCGACAACAACUGUUGCAUCAACAAGCACACCACCCACACAAACAUCUGCCCCCAUUCGAGUAGCAACCCAAGAAGUCACCAUGACAACAAACCCUCCAACGGCAAAACCCGCCGCCUUAAUUACAACGGUACGACCAACAAGUUUCCAAUCCCCCACCAUCACUCUGCCUGCCAACAAGUUUCUUGUCAUCACAGAGACUCCCUCGUCCGCUUGCUCGGCGCCUGCUUUCUACGACACGUUGGUGGUUGGACAAGGGCCCGAGUUUGUUCACCACAACCUUUUCAAGGGCUGGGUGUACUUGUGGUUUCUGCCCUCGGAUGCGGCUUUGACCGGGUUCCUCUUGUUCUGUUACAUCCUUCUUGUAGCCACAGGCUUGAUCCUCAUUGCUGCUGCCAUGUUUUGCAUGUAUCGCCUCAACAAGUCCAUGGAUGAGCUGAAGUCUAAGUGUAUAAUGGACCCGCCCCAGACACUCUGCGUUCUCCUUCUUCUCUGUUCUAUCAACGCCGUUGUUUGGGCGUGUCCGGGUGGAUGCAAAUGUCAAGAAACCAAAAUCUUAUGCAGUGGCCUCUCAGACUUCCCCACAUCUGUGCCCGGAUCUACCACAGUUCUUUACUUCACCAGUUGCAGUAUCCAUUUGUUGAAACCGGAGGACUUGCAUGAUUUUUCCAACGCCCUUAGAAUCCUUCUGAUUAAUGACACUGUUUUGAGGGAAGUGCUCAAUGGCACAUUUAAUUCCACUCCGGACAUAAAUACCAUAGCGUUUACUGCCACUGAGCUGGAAGAUCUCCCUGAGACCGUCUUCCAAAAUCUGCAGGAGCUUGAGACUCUGAAUCUGAACGGCAACAAGCUCCUCGUACUCCGCCCUAAAUGGUUUUCCCAGUUGGCAGCGCUGAAAAACCUUGACCUCAGUAGAAACCUUUUCAAUUUUGUACCUGUGGAAACUUUUCGGUCGCUAACUGAGCUGAAGCACCUUUUUCUUUCGGGAAACAACAUUAGUCAACUGCCUGGAGAGACAUUCAAUGGGCUUUCUAAGCUGAAAAUCCUUCGGCUAAAUAAAAACCUGUUAGAGGAACUCCCCCUCGGCAGUUUGGAUGACCUUGGCAACCUGGAGGAACUAUCCCUACAGGACAAUCUUAUCACUCAUCUCCACCAUGACCUGUUCUCCAAGACUUUGAAACUCCAGAAGCUGUUCCUCUCCCACAACAGGCUCACGUCUCUCCCGCAAGGGAUCUUCUUAAACGUGCCCCUCCUUUCCAAGAUCUCCCUGUAUGAAAACCAGUUGGAGAGCCUGGGACCAGGAGUGUUUGGGCCUGUGGCCCUGGAAGAGUUGUGGCUGUAUGACAACAGGCUGAGACGCGUGGAGGAUGGCGCAUUCAGGAACCUGACUCAGCUCCGUCUGCUGGUGCUCAGUCGCAACCAGAUCAGCUCUGUGUCCACUGGGGCGUUUGGCGGCUUGGAGCAUCUGGAAGAGAUAUCCCUUCACACUAAUCUGCUCACAACCCUGCAAGCUGGGCUUUUCCAAGGUUUGCCAAGUCUGGUCAACAUUUCCUUAGAGCACAACUCCAUCAGCUCCCUGCCGUCGGGUUUUCUACGAGGCCUGAGCAGCCUGGGAGAGAUAGACCUGCGAAAUAACUCCUUUCCCAACCUGAAACAGGAGAGCCUGGAUGCCCUCGCUAUAGCAAAGGACGUUCUACUGCAGCAGAACCCCUGGAGGUGCGACAAGGACAUCUUGCCACUGAGAGACUGGCUGAAAAAGCACACAUCAAAGACCAACCAAACUCUUGUAGUCUGUGAAACACCUUUCAGUCUGAGCGGUGAGAUAAUUGUUGAACUGGCAGAAGAGAACUUCCUGCCUCUCAGCUUUACAGAGAACCCCGCGUUGACCCCCGCAGAGACAUGGAGAGCAUCCCACACUCCUCCAACUUCCUCGCCUGCGCUCAAGGCCACCCCCACAUCAGAACACCAGGAGGUCACCAGUGGAGGCCAAGGAGAGACGGGAACAACUUCUAAUGAUACUUGGAUCGCCCUCAUCGCCAUUGCUGUAGUGGCCGCUGUCAUCAUUAGCACUGUCCUCGUCGGCUGCAUGUGCUGGAGGAGGACGAAGAGAGGCAGGGGAAAUAUAGGCCGCCGAAGUAAGAACUCUGUGCUGUACUUGGAAGCGUGCAUAAUCAUGUCAGGAGGAGAAAUUGUUGUCCUCUGUCUGUGUUUACUGCUCAAGUCUUCAUUGACUCAAAACAAACCGUGUGAAAAGGAAACAGACUGCCCCAAAGAAAACCAGGAUGUCUUCAGUUCAUCUACAACAGAAAUCCCCCGCCUGCUGAGACCAGCUGUGACCGAGGUUUUCUUUGUGGAAAGCCAGAUUAAAACAAUCCCCGAAGCAGCCUUUGUGGAAAACCCGCAGCUUGAAAAGGUGGAGUUCAUGAACACCCACACGACAUCCAUUCAGCCGGGAGCUUUCGAUGGAUUGUCGAACCUCAAGCACAUUGAGAUCUCCAGCACUCCGUUAACGUUGAUCCCGGUGGGAGUGUUCAGAGGCCUUCCCAACCUGGAGAAGAUCAUACUGAAGCUGAACAAGCUCCGCAGGCUGGAGAACGGCCUGUUCGACGGUCUUGUAACAGUGACGGAGUUGCAGUUACACGGGAACGAGAUCGAAUCGAUUGAAGCCGGGACUUUUGAUAGUCUGGAGAACCUAGUGAUGCUCCAUUUGGCCAAAAACAAUCUGUCUACCGUAUCCACCGACUGGUUCUCAAAACUACACAAACUACAGACGCUGCGGCUUUAUGAGAAUCAGCUGACCACUAUUCCCGAUGACAUUUUUGUGAAUUUGCCAAAUUUGAAAGAAAUUGGCCUGCAAGGAAACCAAAUAGCAGCCCUGUCACCUAAUAUUUUUCCACAUAAAGACAAACUAAAUAAGCUGCUUUUGGAUAGUAAUCUUCUGACUCAUUUACCUCAAGGAUUCUUCAUUGGUUUCCCUCUGCUCAAAGUGCUGACUCUACAGAAGAAUAAACUGACAAGUCUACCACCUGUGCUUUUUGGAGAAAUGCCUAAAAUGACAGAUUUAAGUCUGAGUCAAAAUAAUCUCAGCGCUCUUCCUAAAGGAAUAUUCAGCCCUCUGAAGAAACUCAGGAAAUUAGAUCUGUCUAAGAAUUACCUUGUCACCUUGGACCAAGAGCACUUUGAAGGUCCUGAGAAGCUCAUUGAGCUCAAUCUACAGUACAACAGGAUACAGUCGCUGGACGCAGAUGUGUUUGAAAGGCUACAAUCAGUGGUGACACUCAGGUUGGCUCACAACCACCUGCGGACGCUUCCUGAGGAUAUUUUUGAGCCCUUAAAAAAGCUGAAGAAGCUUUAUCUCAAUGACAACCCGUGGCACUGCGACUGCAAUCUGAUACCUCUUCACCUCUGGAUGAAAGCCAACUCGGACAAGAUGGUGUCUCCUGUUGUCUGUGAGUAUCCAGACGACCUAAAAGGGCAGGAAAUCAAAUCGUUAUCCGAGGAUCGUUUGUAUUGCCCCACUCCUUCCCCAACAACGACUCCAAGAACUACCACGGCCCUCCCAACGACCCAACCAACAACCACCACCGCUACUACCACAACACCAACCACCGCUGCACCAACCACCACCACCACACCCACCGCUACCACACCCGCCACUACCACACCCGCCACUACCACACCCACCACUACACUUCCAACUACUUUGCCCACAACCACCACCGCGUUGACAACAAUUCCACCCACAACCACCAUGACAACUACGCCUUCAACAACAAUGCCAACAACCACUAUAACUACACGUACAACAAUUCCCACAACCAUUAUGACUACAACAACACCUUCAACAACAAUGCCCACAACCUGUGUGACUACAACUCCACCUACAACAACAAUGCUCACAACCAUUAUGACUACAACUCCACCUUCAACAAUUCCCACAACCACUAUGACUACAACUACACCUUCAACAACAAUUCCCACAACCAUUAUGACUACAACAACACCUUCAACAACAAUGCCCACAACCAGUGUGACUACGACUCCACCUACAACAACAAUGCUCACAACUAUUAUGACUACAACUACACCUUCAACAACAAUUCGCACAACCAUUAUGACUACAACUACACCUUCAACAACAAUUCCGACAACCAUUAUGACUACAACUACACCUUCAACAACAAUUCCCACAACCAUUAUGACUACAACUACGCUUUUAACAACAAUGACCACAACUUGUAUGACUACGACUACAUCUUCAACAACAACGACCACAACCACGAUGACGACAACUACGCCUUCAACAAGAAUUCCGACGACCACCAGGCUAACAGUUACGCAACCAACCACCCAGAAGACAAGCCCUCCUCCACAAACCACUGCAGAGAUCUUUACCUGUCCGUUGGGGCCAGUGACUGAGGAGCCAUCGCCCUCCUUCAUGUAUCAGUACAGGAAGAGAGUUGAGAGCUGCAAAUCUCAGAUGAUGAUCUACACUUCGCUGCUGCUGGUGAUGAUUGUUUGCACGCUGUCGCUGGCUAGGUUCACCCUGUCUCUGUACCGCCUGCUGCACCGGAGGGAGAGGACGAACCACUGGGUCAAACUCACCCGUUUCUCCCUCAGGAGGGAGGUCACCUUCAGGCCUCUUCUAGAGGCAGAGACUGUAGGACUUUAA